AAUUGUAAAAAUUAAAAAAAAAAAAGAAAAAUUCCUGAUUCCCCUUUCGUAGAGAGAAGAAGAGUAGUGGGUGAAUGGAUCAGGUAUUGAACAAGGUUGGAUCUUACUGGUUCAGCAAGAAAGCCAACAAGGAACUCAACUCUGUCGGUGAUGAUAUCAACUCACUGUCAAGCAGCAUUGAAGGAGGAACCAAAUGGCUCGUCAACAAAUUAAAAGGAAAGAUGCAAAAACCAUUAACAGAGUUGCUGAAGGAGUAUGAUCUACCAAUAGGAAUCUUUCCCCGUGACGCAACAAACUACGAGUUCAAUGAAGAAACAAGAAAGCUUGUUGUUUACAUUCCUCAAGUGUGUGAAGUAGGCUAUAGAGAUUCAUCAGUCUUGCGCUUCACAACCACUGUUUCUGGUUACUUGGAGAAAGGAAAGCUAGCUGAUAUAGAGGGUAUGAAGACCAAAGUGUUGGUGUGGGUGAAAGUUACCGCCAUUUCAUCCGAGGGACCAAAGCUGAACUUCACUGCUGGCAUGAAGAAAACAAGGAAAAGGGAAGCUUAUGAAGUUUCUAGAGAUGGUGUAAUUAUAGAUAAAUUCUAAGAUUCUGAUGUAUUGAUAACAUUCUGCUGUUAAUACUAGUAGUUUGAUAAUGUCUAAAGUUAUGUAUGUACUUUUGGACCAUUUUGUCAUCCUUUUAGCUUUGAAUGUUUAUGAUAAUAUGAUUGAAAUUGAACCUCUUUA